AUGAGUUUAUUUGCCAAAGUCAAAUGCUUCUUAGCAUGUAUCAUCUUGUAUUAUUCCAUUUACUUACAUAAUUAUAAAUGUCCACAAUUUUCAUCAGAAAUUCAACAACAAAUUGAAGUUAAUCCAUUAUAUGAUGGACAAGUUUAUUUAUGUGGAUUAAUAGAAACUGGUCUUAGAGAUGUCCAACCAAUUACUUCCAAGGUAUCUGGUGUUUUAGAUUCCCAAGUUUAUUCUCAUCCAAAAUAUGCUGAAUUUAAUGUUGAUCAAAAGGUACUUUGUGCUAAGAAUAAGUAUGAAACUUAUGUUUAUCCAUUUGUUCUUCAAUUGUAUAAAGCUACUGAACUUAUUGAAACUCGUACUUAUCAAGAAAUUUCCAAGAUUGUUGGUAAAUAA